AUGGAUGAAAUGUUUGAUGUUUUCGAGGGGAACGCCGACCCCGCGAGCGCGAGCGAAGACGAGAGAGCACCGAUCAAGCACCGCAAAGACAAGACUAAGAAGAGAAAGGCGGACGAGGCGAUGAACGGAAAGGCCGCGGUCGCGGCCCAGAAGGAGAAUACCACCGAAGAUACAGAAAUGGGUGAGACGAGCGAUGCCGCUUCCAAGGACGGAGAGGCGGUCAAGGAGGACGACUCCGACACGCCGAGCCAGCAGGACAAGAAGCGUCGCAAAAAGGGCGACGGCGCCGUGCCCGUCAUGACAGACAGCUUCGAGACGGCAGAGUCGAGAGAAGUGGCUGGAGCUCAGACUUUUGUCCCGCAGGACUCAUCCCUCAUCCUGUCUCACAAUAUCCAGCACCAGGUUGCACUGCCGCCAGACCUGGAUUACGAAUACGUCCCGCUCUCCGAGCACAAGUCGCCCGCCGAGCCUGCGCGCACAUACCCAUUCAAGCUGGAUCCAUUCCAAAGCCUGUCCGUCGCGUCAAUUGAGCGCGAUGAGAGUGUGUUGGUCUCGGCGCACACCUCUGCCGGUAAAACGGUCGUGGCCGAGUACGCCCUCGCGCAGUGUCUGAAGCGCAAUCAGCGAAUCAUCUACACCAGUCCCAUCAAGGCCCUGAGCAACCAAAAAUACAGAGACUUUGAGGCCGAAUUCGGCGAUGUCGGUCUGAUGACCGGUGAUGUUACCAUCAACCCGACGGCUAGUUGCUUGGUCAUGACGACCGAGAUUUUGCGAUCUAUGCUGUAUCGAGGUUCGGAGAUUAUGCGAGAAGUCGCGUGGGUCGUCUAUGACGAGAUUCACUAUAUGCGUGACAAGACGAGAGGUGUUGUCUGGGAGGAGACCAUCAUCAUGCUGCCCGACAAGGUUCGAUACGUCUUCCUGUCCGCCACCAUUCCCAAUGCCUUCCAGUUUGCCGAAUGGAUCGCCAAGAUCCACCACCAAGCAUGCCACGUCGUGUAUACCGAUUUCCGACCCACGCCGCUGCAGAACUACUUUUACCCUGCCGGCGGCUCCGGCGCGCGCAUUGUUGUCGAUGAAAAGGGCAACUUCAACGAAGACAACUUCAACAUAGUAAUGAAGGAGGUCGAAGAGAAGAAGGGUGCCGACCCCAACGACAUCAACGCCAAGCAAACGGGCAAGGGAAAGAAGAAGAAGACGCACAAGGGCGGCGCCGGCGCCGACGAGGGCUCCGACAUGAGCAGGAUUAUUCGCAUGACGAUCCGCAAGAGCUUCAACCCCGUCAUUGUGUUCAACUUCAGCAAGCGAGAAUGCGAAAACAUGGCCAUCAGCAUCUCGAAGAUGAGCCUCAAUGACGAUUCCGAAAAGGCCUUGGUCAAAGGUGUCUUCAACAAUGCUAUAGGAAGCUUGUCGGAGCAAGACCGCGACCUGCCUCAAAUCAAGAACCUACUGCCCCUGCUUAUGCGCGGAAUUGGUGUCCAUCACUCCGGUCUGUUGCCUAUUUUGAAGGAGACCAUUGAGAUUCUCUUUCAGGAGACCCUCAUUAAGGUGCUUUUCGCUACAGAGACCUUCUCCAUCGGGUUGAACAUGCCUGCCAAGACCGUUGUCUUUACUCAAGUCACCAAGUGGGACGGGGUUAAGCGCCGCCCGCUCACUUGCUCUGAGUACGUGCAGAUGGCCGGUCGUGCUGGUCGUCGUGGUCUCGAUGCGCGAGGUAUUGUCAUCAUGAUGAUUGAUGACAAGCUGGAGCCUGAUACUGCCAAAGAAAUCGUCACUGGCCAACAGGACAGACUGAACUCCGCCUUUUAUCUGGGCUACAACAUGAUUCUUAACUUGCUGAGAAUUGAGGCCAUCUCCCCCGAAUUCAUGCUUGAGAGAUGUUUCCAUCAAUUCCAGAAUGCGGCCAGCGUUCCCACCCUGGAGAGGGAACUCAUGGCACUGCAGCAGGAGCGCGACGGCGCCACCAUUGCGGACGAAGCUACCAUCAAGGACUACUAUCAAAUUCGCCAACAGCUUAACGCUUAUACGAGAGACAUGCGAUCGGUCAUCCAGCUUCCCAACUACAGCCUCGACUUCCUGCAGCCCGGCCGUCUAGUGCAGAUCUACAACCCCAAGGAGUCGCCGGACAAUGUGGCUGGUGGGCUAGACUUUGGCUGGGGCGUGAUUGUCAACCACUACCCACGCCGCAGCCCCAAGCUUGGCGAGCCAGAGCACAUUCCCCAAGAGUCGUACAUCAUCGACGUUCUGCUCACGAUAUCUGCUUCAAGCGCUGAUAUUGUCCCUGGGCAGCCCGCUGCCGAGAUGCCUACCGGCCUAGUGCCGGCCAACGGGGAUCAAACUACCAUCAACGUUGUUGUUCCCUGCCUGCUGACCUGCAUCAAGGCGAUUAGCCAAAUCCGCCUCUUCAUGCCCAAGGAGGGCCUCAAAGCCGACAAGGACCGCGAAACGGUGAACAAGUCUCUUGCCGAAGUCAAGCGCCGAUUCCCCGACGGCCUGCCCAUCCUUGACCCGCUCGAGAACAUGGACAUUACGGACGAGUCGUUCAAAAAGCUACUCCGGAAGAUCGAAGUUCUCGAAUCGCGCCUGCUGGCUAACCCUCUGCACCUGUCGCCACUCUUGCCCUCUCUAUGGGACCAAUACCAUGCCAAGACGGUACUGUCGGAGAAGAUCAAGACGAAGAAGAAGUCAAUUGCCAAGGCUCACAGCAUCGCCCAAAUGGACGAGCUCAAGUCGCGAAAGCGCGUGCUGCGCCGCCUCGGUUUCAUCAAUGACGGCGAGGUGGUACAGCUCAAGGCGCGCGUCGCGUGCGAGAUCUCUUCGACCGAGGGCCACGAGCUGGUGCUCUCGGAGCUGCUGUUUGACCGCUUCUUCAACGAGAUGUCGCCGGAGACGUGCGCGGCGGUGCUGAGCUGCUUCAUCUUUGACGAGAAGGUGGAGGCGACGGCGCUCAAGGAGGACCUGCAGAAGCCGUACCGCGAGGUGCAAGCCAAGGCGCGCAUCGUGGCCAAGGUGAGCCAGGAGUGCAAGCUGGACGUCAACGAGGACGAGUACGCGACGAGCCUCAAGUGGCAGCUGAUGGAGACGGUGUACGCGUGGGCGCAGGGCCGGCCGUUCUCGGAGAUUUGCAAGAUGACGAACGUCUACGAGGGGUCCCUGAUCCGCCUCUUCCGCCGCCUGGAGGAGCUGCUCCGGCAGAUGGCCCAGGCCGCCAAGGUCAUGGGCAACGACGACCUGACCAAGAAGUUUGACGAGAGCCUGCAGAAGGUCCGGCGCGACAUAGUGGCCGCGCAGAGUCUUUACCUGUAG